UAUUAAGAACAACAUUUAUUAAAAAUUAUAUUUAUUAAAAAACUUUUUUUACAUACAAUUAAGUAGAAGAAUUUUAUUUUUAUUUUUAGGAAAUACUUUCAUACUAAAUAAUUUAUCUUAUUAAGAUGUGUUCUAUUGGGUUAAUGACAUCAGAUGCUUGCGAAGGCCAACAAGAUGUUAUUGAAACUUUAAGCAAUGAAGAAAAAAUAAUUAUAUCUUUACGCUGUAAUAUUGAAUUAUCAAACUUAGAAAUAUUAUGUGAAAGACAUAAUACAAAAUAUUUGAAAAUGUAUCCUAUAUGGCAGAAAGCUUGUUGUGAUCCAUUCAAUAGACAUACAAAGAAAAUCACAAAAAAUCUUGGCGUAGUUACAAUAAAAGAGUCACAAGUCAUGAUGAGAAAUUGUUUGAAUAUUCCUCCUGGGAAGAAACUUUGCAAACCUUGUAAACAAAAGUUUGCCAGAAAAAAAGAACUUACAGAACAGGAGCAAAGUAAGAGUGAACAAGAUGAGGAUUUUCUAAUAUCACCAUGCAAAAAAAUAAGACAGGAGAUCAAUAAAGAACUCAAAAAUUUUAGUUUAUCUCCUCUAAAAUCUCAUUCAAAAUCAUUAAAACAUAUACUGUCAGAAGGAAAGCAAAAAGUUGCAUGCAUCAACGAAAUGGCGUAUAACGCUACUAGAAAAAUUGAAACUCAAUUUUCCUCAAAACUAUGUUAUGAAACCAAUGGGAUGAAAAAGAAGGCUGCAAACUUUGAUGAAAUUAUGAGCUUGGUAAAAGAAAAAAUUCUAUGUUCUGACAAACGAACUAUUGUUCAACUUCUAACACUGGCACCCCCAAGUUGGUCAAUAUUAGAAGCACAAAAUAACUUUUCGGUUACAGAAUACCAGGCCAAGAUGGCUAGAAAAAUUUUUAAUAAAAAAGGAUUGUUAGGUAUCUCUCCAUUGUAUAAGGGUAAAGUCUUACAUAAAGAAAUAGAAGAUUCAGUUAAAUUGUUUUAUGACUCAAGUGAUUUAUGUCGAACUAUGCCUGGAAAAAAAGAUUAUGUCAGCAUUCAAAAGAACGUCCACAAACAAAAAAAACUGCUUUUGUGUAAUUUAAAGGAACUAUAUGUAUUAUACAAAGAAAACAAUCCAGAAAUACAAGUUACUCAAAAUUUGCUUCACUUAGACCAAAGUGGUGCAUUUUGCCAGGUCUAAGUGGUACACAUUCUGUUUGUGUUUGUUCUUAUCACCAAAAUGCCAUUUUGCUAGUGGAUGCCUUAAAUAUUGAACUAACGUAUAAGGAUUUACUUUUGAAAACUGUUUGCUCAGUAGAAAACAAAGAAUACAUGCUUGCACAGUGUGAUAAUUGUCCUAGUAAAGAACUGCUCACCAUGUAUUUGUAUGAGAUUUUUGGAGAAUACGAAGAUGAUUUUGAGAUACACUACAAACAAUGGCAAACUACUGAUCGUGCAACACUAUUGAGUUUAACAACAGAUGUUCCAACGUUUAUUGAACUAUUGGUAUCUUGUUUUGAAAAGCUACAAUCUCAUUCUUAUAUUGCCAAAUCUCAAUCACAAUACCUUAAUCAACUAAAAGAAAAUAUGGAUCAAUCAAACAUUAUCAUUCUUGGCGACUUUGCUGAAAAUUAUGCUUUUGUAGUCCAAGAUGAAAUACAGAGCUAUCACUGGAACACCCAACAAUGUUCUUUACAUCCAUUAGUGAUAUACUAUAAAGAAGAAAAUGGUGUAGUGAAACAUAUUUCUUACUGUUUUAUAUCAGACGACAUUACACACGAUGUAACUUAUGUAUACAAGAUAUUUCAACUAAUUAUACCAAUAUUAAAAACAAAAUUUCUUGAUUUAUCCAAAUUGCAUUUAUUCACUGAUGGUUGUGCAGGACAGUACAAAAAUUGUAAAAGCUUUUACAAUCUAUGCCAACUAGAGACAGAA